ACCAGAGCAGCCCUGUCACGCCCACAGCGCCCCCUUUCGGCCCGGGCGGCCCACCACGCCCCGGCGCCUGUGAAAGGGUACCAUGUCAGCCGCAGCAUGUCCCAGCACUCCUCCGGUGGUGGAGGAGGAGGUGGAGGAGGAGGGGGAGGAGUAGGGUCCUUCCACUGGUCGCCCGAGGACUGCGAUGGGCCGGGCAGAGACUACUACCAGGGCCACGCCGACGGCCACUAUUACACCCACGGGGGUCCGGCGGAGGCCCUGGCGCUGGAGAGGCACCAUUCCCACUCCCACAGCCACGCCGGCGGGGGGACCUUCCCUCGCUCUCACCCGAACCAGCACCCGCCUCACCAGUCGUUGGACUCUUGCGAGGAGUGCCUGUCCUCGGUCCACGGGGGCAAGAUGCACCGCGUCCCCCCGCACGCGGCAGAGCAUUUCGAGAAGCAGGCGCCCUUCCAUCCCGAUGGCUUCCACACGCUGCAGUACCAGCGCAGCGCCAGCGGGGGCGCCGAGCCGCGCAGCGAGAGCCCCUCCCGCAUCCGCCACCUGGUCAACUCUGUGCAGCGCCUCUUCGCAAAGUCCCAUUCCCUGGAGGCACCCACCAAGCGGGAGUACAACGGCACGAGAGGAGGAGGAGGAGGAGGGGACUCCCGUUGCGAGAGAGGAGGAGGCCACAGGAGUGGAGGGGAGGACGGCGGAGGCCACUACUCAGGUCAUCAGCCUCGCUCCACCCGCAGGAGCAAGUCUCGGGAGCGGAGCAAGAGCGGCGACUCGCGCCACGAGUCGGGCAGGCGCCACCGCAGCCGGACAGCAGGCUGGUGGAGCUCUGACGAUAACCUGGACAGCGACAGCAGCUUCCUGGUGAGCGGGGGCAGGCGGGGUUACCCCAGCGGGCACGAGAGCCUGGACGCGGCCAUCCAGGAGCUCACCAUGAAGAGGCCCAAGGAGCGUGGCGGAGGCGGAGGCGGCGGCGGCGGGCCGGUGCCCGGAGAGUGCGUGGCCUGCACCACGAUGGCUCUGGCCGGGAGUGAAGGAGGGGGGAGUCAGGGCCACCUCGCCCACUCCCUGAAAAGGAGCACGUGGUCCGCCAUGACAGUCAGUCAGGCCAAAGAGGUGUACCCGUCGACCAGGGGAGCGAGCUACGAGAAGGCGCUGGUGCCCUUGGAGAGUAAGCUGAAGGAGAGGUCCUUCCACUACUUGCAGGUCCCUUCGGAUGACUGGGGCGGCGGGUACGGCGGCGGCGGCGACGGCGGGGGGGAGAUCCCGUGUCGCCGCAUGCGCAGCGGCAGCUACAUCAAGGCCAUGGGCGACGAUGACAGCGUGGACUCGGACACCAGCCCCAAAACCUCGCCCAAGUCCUCCCUGGUGGCCCAGAGGGAUGCCUUCAGACGAUCCAUCAGCAUGGACCAAAGGUACUCGUGUAAGCAGUGUACCGACUCUUAUCCCAACAGCCGAACCACACCCAAAACCCAGACCCGCUCUCGUAGUUACACCCGCUCUCUGACCAGCUCACAGCUGGGAGACACGUUGAACCGCCAGUUCGAGGCCGUGUGCGAGACCAUGUUCGGAGAGGUGGAGUCUCAAGCCGUGGAGGCCCUGGACCUUCCGGGCGUGUUCCGCACUCGCAGCCACAGCUACGUCCGCGCCAUCCAGGCCGGCUGUUCCCAGGACGACGACUGCCUCUCGGUCUUCUCCAUGUCCGGCCCCCAGGGAAGCAUCAAGGGCGGGGCCGUCUUUCCGUAUCGCAAAGGCGCUCCUCCCCCACUCCCGCCUCGCAUGUCCAAGUCUUCGCUGUCGGUGCGAGCCCAGAGCAGCACCGAGUCCAACCAGGACGCCUACUACCAGGGCGGCGGACAGCUGGCCUCCAGCUCGGGCCCCGGGCGCCCCAAGCAGCACAGCAACUCGGUGGACCUGGGCAGCUCCGACGGCCCCCUCUCGGGUCGCUCCUCCAGGGGGGGCUACUACGCCGCCACCGGCCCGGGGCGCUCCCGGCAGCAGCACAGUAACUCGGCGGAGAGCCUGGACGGGGCCAGGGGCUCGCGGGAGCUGGUGCCCUACGGGGGAGGGCCGGGCGUCAGGGCCAAGCACAGCAGCUCGGCCGACAGCCUGCUGGAGGGGCCACCGAGGCCGGCCAGGGAGAGGGACGGCAGGGUGGCGGGCAGCCUGGGGAAGUCGGUGUCUCUGCCCCAGAACAGCAUCCUGCUCUGUAAAGCCGGGGGGCAGGACGGGAGAAAGUGGAGGCCGUCCAUAGCUGUGCAGGUGGACAGCUCAGAGACUCUGUCAGACUCGGACGCAGAGGGAAAAGCUCUCACGGAGGUCCACUCCAUCGGGGUCCAAGUGGAAGACGAUAAAAGACGGGCUCGCUUCAAGCGCUCCAACAGCGUGACGGCGAGCGUGCAGGCCGACCUGGACCCCGAGGGCUUCCCGGGCCUCGGCGUCGCCGUGCCGACGCAGGACAAGAGUCUCCAGUUCGGCUGCUCCUUCCAGCGGCACUCGUCGGAGCCCGAGUCGGCCGGCCAGUACGCCGAUUGCCACCGCACGGUCCACACGCAGGGACAAUGGGCCUACAGAGAGGACUUUAUCCAGAGUGGCUACACCGCACAGGCCUGCCAAGCGGACCCACGGCCCCACCAGCACCCACACUUGCCCCCGCGUUCCCACUCCCCUCUGCCCAUCACCUCCGAGAGGGCUUGGGCGGGGACUCCGUCCCUGGAGGGCCCCCGGAGUCUGCCCGACUCGGGGCGAGCCUCGCCCUGCAUGCGGGACGGGGAGUUCUUCUUACGCCUGCUGCAGACCGAGGUGGAGAGGAUGGAGGGCUGGUGCCAGAACAUGGAGCGAGAGGCGGAGGAGAACGAACUGCCAGAGGAGAUUCUCGAACUGAUACGAAAUGCAGUUGGCAGCGCCCAGAUGCUCAUGUCUCAGAAAGUCCAGCAGUUCUUCCGCCUCUGCCAACAAAGUGUGGACCCUUCGGCCUACCCCCAGCCCACCUCUCAGGACCUGGCGGGCUUCUGGGAUCUGCUCCAGCUCAACAUAGAGGACGUCAGGAUCAAGUUUCAGGACCUCCAGAGGCUCAAAGACUCAGGUUGGAGGCUCCCGCCUGAAAAGAAGGAGGAUAAGAAACUUCCUCCCCCCUUACCAAAGAAGUCCGCGGGCGGGGUGAGCGGCAGCCUGCGGGCCGAUAGCGUCGGGGACGGGGUCGCCGGCGGAGGCGGAUCGGGCGGCCUGGCGGUGCCUCGCAUCGGCGGACACACCUUGCCCAUCAGGGAGAAGUCCCUGGACCUCGGGGACCGCCAGAGGACGGAAGCGAGGAGGCGGCUGCUGCAGACCAAGCGCACUGCCUCCUUCAGGCAGAACUCGGCCACGGAGAGCGCGGACAGCAUCGAGAUCUACAUCCCCGAAGCCCAGACGCGACUCUGAAGAGCCUCCUCCUCUCCUCCUCCUCCUCCUCCCCCCAGCACUCAGCCUUGCCACGCUGACCUGCACACCGACCUCAGUCUUCUCUCCGAUCCCGGUUUUGGAUCCCCCCCCCCCCCCCACCCUACCCUACCCUUAGCAUUUAGAUCACCUUCGCUUACAACAAACCACAACAUCUCUUGCUCAUUGAAGCAAGCAAUGACAGCCAUUUUAGUGUCUUGAAAUUUGGAAAUUCUUCUGACACAGAGGCCUCAAUGUGAAAUCGUAGCUAGCAGACGUGAUUUAUCAACUUUUCAAAGGAUACUCUGAAUUUCCUCUUGGCUCACGAACACUUAUCAGUUCCACUUUUAUAACCUUAGUCAGUAGUCAGUGGAGGUUCACGCAUUAGUAGCAUGCCUGUGUGUGUUCACCUAGCACUUCUAUAUCACUGAAAAUAAAGGGCUUAAGGCACAAAACCUCUGUGGGGACGGCGAAAUAACAGAAUCUCCCUACGGAUCCCCCUUUUGCCAUCUCCUGAAUGCCAUUUGCAGCAGAAUCAACGGCGAAAUAUAGCCCCCACUGCGGAUGAGUAAACAUGGAUUCGUUUCCAACCCGUGAGUUUGAAUGCCCUCAAAGUCAGAUGGUUGGCGAUCCCCAAAGAACAUUCUCCCAAGCAUCAGUCAGUCAACUGCAGCUGGCACUUUUCACCCCCCCCCCUCGGUGCCAUCUGUCCGCCCAGGCGCCCCUGUCAAAGUCUCUUCCCCAAAGUCUCAUUCCUCGCAUUCCCCUUCGCAAACGCCAUCGAUUACCCGCAGCGAUGCCGUUUGAAUGUGCAAGUGCUAUUUGUACAUAGUGUGCACAAUCGUGUUCGCCGCCCCCCCCCAAAAAAGAGCUUUUGCCGUGUAGCGCCGCAGCCUCUACCGCUUCAGGGAGCGUGGCGGACAACCGUUUUUUUUUUUCCCCACAAAGUCUCUCCGAAGUUGCAAGUGUUCAGGGGUUGGGUCUGCCAGGAACUUCUGGCUGGGGAGUACGUAUUUUGGUGGCUUUUUUUUUUUAGGACUUUCACUGAGAAGGCCCCCCUUUUCACUGUGAGACUCCACCACCACCAAGUGGUCAAAUGAGGACCCAAAAACCAACCUCCUGUCCUGUCCUUUCCGCCAGGAUUCAACACACGCCCUGAUGAAGACCGUCAGUUCACUCCUUUCCAUCAGUUCUUCCUGCUUCUCUUCUCUCGGACGAUCAGAGUGCGACGUUCACGUGAUGCGUUUUGCACGAUGGCGAAUUCGGCAAAAAGCAGCGGGAACACAAAGCGAUGGAGAGCAGAGCGGGGAAAAAGUCUUCGGCAGAAUCCACAAGGCGGAGCCCAAGCGCGAUCCUCUCGGUUUCUCGCGCCGCGCCCGACGACAGAGGGGAAGGGGAAUUUUUAUUUAUUUUUCCCCCCCCCGAGAGUCGAGAGAGCGCAAAAGGGAUUUAACGUAGCUUCCUCCUCAAAGGCAUCAGAGGGAGGAAACCAUCCGUUGUGAAACGAGAGAAGGGGAGCGGCUUGAUGCUGAGAUUAAGUCAGACUUGUCGUGAAUGGAAUGAUGCUUCAUGUUAGCUGUUCAUCUCUCUUCCUCUUUAUUCGCUUCUUGAAAUCAUACUCUCCGGUGUCUCCACGGAACAAAGUGUAGCAUGGUUUUAGAGGUCUUAUUUAUUUAUAUAUUUCAUAUGUAAGUGUUCUGUACUGCUGGUGCCUAGAGGUGUGUUUGUGUGUAGGUGCGAAUAAGACGGGCCGCGUGUCGAAGGGACGUGUGAUGAAGCCCAGUGAAAAGUCCAAAUCAAGUUUUAAAGUCCUAAAACACAAAGUAAGAAUCUUUAAGCAUGACCUGUUUUUAUUUCUCUUUUUUUUAACAUUUGGGUGUAAGGUGUCGGCAAAAUGGGAUAUUUUAAUGAGAGAUGUAUAUUUUAUAAUAUAAUCUACAUUUCUAGAUUAGUAGAGACUAUUGAGUACAGUAUAUGUACAAAAACAGCAUAUAUUAAAUGUGAAAAACUACAAUAUUAUUAUGAUAGAUUAUAGCAUUGUCUGAUACUAAAGCUGAGGGGCAUAUCUAGACUCAGUACAAUUAAAAAAAAAUAAUUCCAAUUGAUUAUUAUCUUCGGUUUUGGGGUACUGGGUCAGGUUCACAGGGUAUAAAUGGCAAGUAGGAUCCUCCUUAGGCCUACUGUAUAUCUGUCUGUGGUUCUAACAACAUUUACUGCUGUAUCUCCUCCCCGGAUUCCCCCUUUAGAACCACCUACAUGUGCCUAACCAGCUAUAUGUGGAGGUUUCCUUUGAACACAGUUUACAGUAUAUAUAUAUAUAUAUAUAUAUAUAUAUAUAUAUAUAUAUAUAUAUAUAUAUAUACACAUAUAGAAAGAUAUGUACAUAGAAAAAGUAUAAAAGUCUGCAGAGUAUUGUUAAAGAAAAUGUUUUUAUUGUACUGACACUCCAACCUUUGACUCCCGAACUCUCACUUGCAAUACACACAGAAGACUUUUGUGAACGUUAAUGCUGCAUGUUUUAUGUCACCCUCCUUUGAAAAGUUUAGUAGAGUCGCGUUUUGGACUGACAAAAAGCAAAGCUAAUUUUGUAGCUUAUUAGACACUUUUUGUGAUUGAAAACAAUUGACAGGUUUUAUACAAUGCCGUCGCCUGAGUGACUCGCGCCUUUGGACAAAGAUGAUUAUUUUGAUUUGAAUCAAUCAGCUUAUCAAUUGAACAACCUCCACGUAAAUAGCAAGCCCCCUCCCCCCCCCCCCCGGCAAUGAAAAGCGGGGCGGAGAAUCAGACCCGUUUCACUUGUGUGCAGCAACGUGGGGGUUGCGGAGCAGCCUUUUAUAAAUCCCCCCCCCCCCCCCCCGAAUCUCUCUCCUGUGUAACUCUCACACUUUCACAACAUCAUCGAACAAAGCACAAAAAAACACCCUGCUUUUAUACUGUUAAUCCACUGUGAAGGCCUCUUGACUCCACCCUCGCACUCCUCAGACCUACACACGGAGGGGCGGCAAGAUCUCUCCAUUACGAGCCGGGCCUCGAGGAACACCAGGAAUCAAAGAGGCUUUGUUGGAUGUGUAUCCGCCGUAGCAACCGCUCCUUCUUCUCCUUCGAUUCUAGCUGACUCUCUCCUUUAUGCUUUUGAUCAAACGUUGAGGCGUUUGCCAGCCACCUUGCCUUGAAACAGGUCCAUUGCAAACACAUGUUGGCUGGUUUGAGUUCCAUAGCGUUUUGCGUUUUACCAAAUCCAUCCGUCCUCUAUCGUCACAAGUACAAAAUGCAGGAGGCCUCAGCUAGAGAUGGCACCUGGGUGUGUAGUUGCACAAACGCCAUCUAAACACACGAAACAACACAACCAGACCGACUACUAUCAAAACCCUUUCACCUCUAUUCUAUUCUCGAGAAACGAAAUGGGAAAAUCCCUCCAUCCCACAGAUUAUCCAGCCACUCCCUGGUAGCCACUAUAUGUCGAGGCCGGAGAGCGACUGGAUCACCAAGUGGAAGGAGUGUCGGUGGAGGCCCGGAGCUUCCCUCGUAGCCGAUGUGCGUGGGAUGUUUUUUUUUGUGCAUCUGCAGCAAAAGUGGAGCAGGAGGGACGCGGUAGCAGCAGAUUUGAGUUUCAGUUAUGUGGAGGCAGAGCUGCUCUGGAAGAACAAAGUCCCUGGCUGAGUUGAACCUCGCUAGGAGAAGCUUUGGCUCACCGCCUGGGUCUUGUUUUGUGGCUUUUGUGUGAUGCACAAUCGCGGUCACCUAUGUUUUAGAUGUUGAAAAUGUGUAACUGGCAUUAAUAGGACCUUUUGGGGCUUAAUAUACAGGAUAUUAAUGAGAUGAAGAACCUCUCUUAGGAAGAUGAUUUCAUGCCAGUGGCGGACCCUGCCAAUAAUACUGUAGUAUUAUUAGAGUACUAUUUAGAAAAGGAAUUGUAGAAUGUAGACACAUUAAAUUGCUGUUGAUAAAAAGAAAAGCCAACAACAAGCAGUUUUAAAAGUAUCGAUUUCUUAUAUAAAAAUCAAUAAUCAUAUCUUUACAUUUUUAUUUUGAUCAAAUGUACUUAUUAUUAUCAUCUUUUUCUUCGUUUUACUUCCUUCUGCCUCCAGAGCAGCUCUAAACGCCCAAAAUAAUCCACUGAAACUCCAAUGUGCCUUUAGCACUGAGGUGUAGGUGUGUUUGUAUGUAUGUGUGUGUCUGUUUAUUUGAACUGCGACGUUACUUUAGAGCAUACACACAGGUAACAACGAGGGUCAGACAACUGAGCAAUUACUGUGUAAUUAACAAAAAAUGAUAUUCAGCCACCCUCACGUUUACAAAAAAAAUGUAAAUAAUUUGUUGCCAAUUGACAUUGCUAUUCUCAAUAUAUUGUUAUUACAAUAUGAUUACUAUUAUCAGUAGUAGCAGUAUAAUUAUUGUCAUUAAAAGGAUUCAUUAUUGCCAUCACUCGUUAUUAUAAAUGGUGUUGUCCACUAUAGCUGUGGGUAGACAUGGUUCCGUAUUCAAGGGCAAGUCUUGUGUACAGUAAAAAAAAAAAUUAAAAAACUAGUUCAUUCUACGAUUAAAAAGUCUUAAAUUGCUGCUAACAGGGAGAUGGACAAGUAAAGCAAAGUGACGAUAACUCUGGGAAGACGUUUUUUUUCUCUGGGAUCGAGGAAGGACACUCCAACAAAGAGUGAGAGGAAAGUGAGCGUCGAACCGAAGGACUGAAAGGAACAUCCAAACUUAAGACCCUUCUUUCGCCAUGUGCAUUCAUUCGUCAUUCAAAAAAAACAACAACAACAACAUGGACAUCCGACCGAUACGGACUCUCCGCAUUCUACUCCAUAAUGUAGCAGAAACAAAAUAUAGCCCCUUUGUUGUCUACUCCUUCUUUCCCUCCCAUCUGUUCCUCACUCUGAGUUUUAAUCAAACGGGUUUGAUACAGCGAGCUUUUCUGUCUUUAAGCUCGGCUUUAUCUUGAGUUCUUCUUGUUUUAUACACGUUUGAUUCAGUGCCAAGACAGCAUAUUGUACAUACAAACAUUAAAUGUUCAUGGUUUUUCUUUUUCUUCCCUCCUAUUAAAAAACAAACAAACAAACAAACAAGUGACUGGAGCGCAUAGCAACAGCGAUGCCAUUAGACAUGAACUUUUGCCUCACGAUGCUACCGUGGACACGCAGGAUGCAUGAGGACGCCGGUGGAGGGGGGGGGGGGGGCGUUCACACAGUCCGUGGCGUUGCGGUUCUCCUUUUUUUGUACAUACACAUUUAUUUAUUGACCUUGUGUGUUCUACGGAGGUGUCCGAGGCCCAGAGGGGAGGCGCACUGUGACCUGGUUUACCCCAACACAGAAUGUAACACUGUCAACGUUGUCCAAACAUUUUCUAAUGGCUAAUAUUAGUACUAUUAAUAUGAUUAUUAUAAAGCUAUUUUAGCGAGUUAAAUGAG